UGUAUUGUGGUAUCCUGGACGCAAUGGUCAUCCUCCACGAUGCUGGCUUGAGAAGUUCUGGAACUUCCUACAUAGAGUUUGUAAACACUCAAGAUAUGAUAUCUAUAAAUAUGAAGGGAUUACAUUGAUUCCUACCAGUUUCGGUCCAGAUAUUACUGAGAUAAAAUUAGUUAAACUUAUCCGAAAUUCUAACAUUGUGGUUUUCAGCAGUGAUCAAGAUUUUGCUUUAGAUCCACGUGUGGAGGCAAUACUUCCAUUCUUACACAUGACACCUGUUUAUCUUGAAAAUGCAGACUUUGUGACAUUUCGUCAGCCAGACAUAUGGAAGACGUACCUACAUAAACCAGAUCCUAAUGACAUUUUACGUAUUUUUGCUGAUGCUGGAACUGGUCAAAUUCUCCAAAGUGAUGUAAGACGCCUUGCUUCAAAUCAAGUAAAAGUAUUUAGAAAAUUCCUGGGUGGUCUUCGAAGCAUGACACCAUCCCAAACACAGGUUUUGCUAGGCAUUGCUGUCUUUGAAGUAGCAACAUGUGAAGUUGGCUCUUCAAAUAAUUGCUUAUUCCAGCCUGCUGUCAUCAACAGCAAGAGGCUUAGGACAGUGAAUAAAGAUGUCCUUCCAAAUUUUCCAACUGAAGAGAUAUUUAUUGACAUAUCAGACGAAGACUGCAACAAUUUAGCUUCUAUAUUGUCUCUCCAAUCAUGCCCAAGAGAAGAGGUACUUUGCCAAAUGGUUCGUUGUACAUCUAGAGUAAACAGAGAAUUGACGUCAUUGAUUAUCUGGAUAAUGGAUAGGUGGGAUGAAUUUCAGCCGUUAAAGAAGCACCUGAUCAUUAAUGAAAUUCGAAACAAACCAUUUAUUCCUUUACAUAAUGGAAGGCAUAGUCAAGCAUCGGAAUGUUUUGACCCGUCAGAUGAACUUUUAAUAGAGCUGUUUAGUGGACGCAUGGAUAUCUUUCCUGCUUCACCUUUCGAAAGUAACUAUCGAAGCAUCCUUCUUGAACUUGGACUGAAAACACGUUCUCAAGUAAAAGAAGACGAAAUUAGACAAUGUGUAAGUGAUGUCAUCUUAAAGUCUAAUGUAAGGAAAGGUUACGCUUUACUGAAAUUUUUAGAUGAAAAUCCAGUUGUCCUUAAUGGCCCACUUUGCAAUUACCUAAAUAAUCAACGCUGGGUUCCUGUUGAGCAUUUGAUAGAAAGUGAUGUAUAUCCAUCAGAGUAUCCUCAGUAUAACAAAUGUUAUAAUCUGUUAAAGCCGAACGAAGUAAUAUCUGUUGCACUUGCACCCUUAGUAGCUUCAACUAUGCCUCUCGUUUCGAAUAAAUACCAGAGAUUAACUUACGCAUUCAAGUGGGAGCUUGAGUCUCACCUUCUUUCAGAAAAGGUGUAUAGUCAUUUAAAGAAUCUAGUAGACUUUGUAUCUCGUCAGAAAAACACCGGUAAUCGAUUAGAUACAUCCACUGUUGAGAAAAUACUCCAUCGUAUAUACAUUUAUAUGCAAAAUAACCUUGAGUAUUUUGCACCAUUCAAAAACCUUGAUGAUAAGUUGAUAUGGACAGGAACGUGCUUUGUGACACCAUCUAGAAUUUCUAUUCAGGCGACAAGAUAUAGCUUAGAACCAUACGCUUUUGUGCUUCAUCCAGGUUUCAGUAAUUACAAACGAUUAUUUAAAGCUUUUGGGGCGAUAGAGAAAUUUGAUGACAAGACAGAGCCAAUGCUGGAAUUGUUCGAAGAAAUAAAGAGCUUCCACGAAACACCAGGUAAUUUAGGUCUCACAUCUGAACGCAUGGAACAUGAUAGAGAUCUUGCUAUACAAGUCAUUGAAUGCAUCAUAGACCUUAACAAAGGAAACGUGACUGAUGAAAUAAGAGACCGUAUUUUUCUUCCUGUAGCCAUGCAAAACAGCGACUGCCUUCAGUUUGCCUCAUGUAAUGAUGUUUGUUAUCCCAAUGAGGAAUGGCUGGAGUUUGACGAAUUUGAAGACAUUAAGCUAGUGCACGAGAAAGUUUCUCGUAAAAUUUACAACUGCCUAGAUGUGAUACCUCUCGGUCAAAAGAUAAGCGGAGCGAUGUCAUUACUCGGAUUUCAACAAGCUGGCCAAAAAGAGGAUCUUACUCAAAAACUCAGAAAUAUACUUGAUAGUGGCUAUACUGAGAAUUCCAUUGCUAAUGAAAUGAUUCAGAAUGCUGAUGAUGCUGGUGCCUCUGAGGUCAGAUUUAUGAUUGACAUGCGCACAAAUAGCUUGUUAAAGUCAAGACUGCUGGAUAAAGAAAUGGAAUCAUGGCAGGGUCCUGCGCUAUGGGUGUAUAACGAUUCAACGUUUAGCGAUGCAGACUUUGAGAACAUCACUAAGAUUGGCGGAAGAACCAAAGAAAGUAAUCCAGAGCUGAUAGGGAAAUUUGGUUUAGGGUUUAAUUCUGUCUAUCACAUAACAGAUGUUCCUAGCUUCUUGUCCCGUGGGCUAGUUGGAUUUCUUGACCCACACACAAUUUUUCUCGAUAGUCAAAUACGAGAUAAAAGGAAUCCUGGUAUCAGAAUUGAUUUGAAUCGAAGUAAAACAACUCUGAAAAGAUUCCGUAAUCAGUUCCAACCAUUUCAUAAUAUUUUCGGCUGUAACCUUUUUAAUACUGAUGAAGUUAACUUUGAAGGAGCGUUAUUUCGUUUGCCACUGCGAACUAUUGCGAUAAAAAGCCAGAUAAGUGAUAGACAUUUUGAAGAAAAUGAUGUAUUGCUUUUAAUGGAAAACGUUAAUAAAAAUGCUGAAAAACUUCUGCUUUUCACGCAGCAUGUGACAAAGGUGUCUGUCUAUUACCUUGGGGCAAACAAAGAACCGCAGCAAGCUGUACAACUUUUUUCCGCCACGAAAACUCCAAAGGAAUACAUAAAAGAGAUCAAUAAUUCAAUGAAGAAUCUAACCAACAUGGAGAAGUUCAAAAUGCAGAACAGUAUUUUGUUUGAAUCAUCACAGUUUCUUUCAAACAAUAGUAGCAAUUUUCCAUCAUCAUUAACAAGAUUAAGUGUUGAGCAUUGCCUGACAAAUGAGGGAGCUUUUCGUUAUCCCACUGAUCCAGCUGGAAAUUCUGCAACAGAUUGGUUAGUGUGUUCUUGUAUGGGCCAAUCAAAUUCCUUGGAAUUAUACAAAUCUGAUACAUCAAGGUUUAAAAUUCCAUGUGGUGGAGUAGCAUUGCCUCUGUUAUCACAACCAAUACAAGGAGAGGUUUUCUGUUUCUUGCCAUUAUCAAUUCCAACUUCUGGUAUACCACUUCAUAUUAAUGGCAAUUUUGAAGUUUCUAGCGACAGAAGGAAUCUUUGGAGAAGGGGAACUUUAUUUGGUGUUAGAGACUUAAAGGCAGAUUGGAAUGAUGCUAUUUUUGCGGACAUAAUCAAUAGAAGCUAUGUGAGUCUCCUAACACACAGACAAGCUCAACAAUGCCUGACAACCUGCUCUACGUAUGACCUUUGGCCGAAUGAAUCGCAAAUUUCAAUGCAAAGUGAAUAUCUACCUUUAUUAAAGGCAUUCUACAAAGCCAUUGUGUAUGGAAUUGAUAAUUCAGGAGAUAAACCAUGUGUUUUUCAAAAAUAUGAUAAAUGGCUAAACAUUGAUGAAAUUGUCAUCUACAAACCACACACUCAAGCUGUUGCUGAUGAUGUGAAAAAAGUGUUGCAGAGAUUCAUUGCAACUGGAAUGUAUGUUGUAGACAUUCCGGAAAACAUUAUAAAGGGAUUCGAAAGAGCUGAUUGUAGUGAUGCGAUACAAAAACGGAUAUAUAACGAAGAGCGGUUUUUCAAAGAAAUUUUCUUUCCCAACAUCAAUGCCGUGGAAAUUGAAAUGCGUGAUAAACUGACAAUGCACAUUAUUGAUCAUUACAAACAACCAUCAUACAGAAAGCUCCUAGAGAAUAGAGUGUGUAUUCCAACUGGCUGUCCAUCCACAUCUUUAAAGAAGAUUUCUGAUCUGGUACACCCAUAUGGCAAAGUAUCAGCCUUAUUUGAACCCGAAGAAUAUCGCUUUCCACUUACAAACUACCAACGUGAUGAGACAAGGAUGGAGGUAAUGGUUGAGCUGGGAAUGAAAAAAGAUGAUUUAAGUUUGCCAGAACUCUUAGAAAGAGCCAGAAUUCUCGAAGGAUGUCAUAGUGAAAGGCAACAUAAGAUAGAAAAGAUGCAGCACUUUAUGGAAUUUCUUGAAACAAAAUGUGGAAUACUGGAUCAAAAGUUUAUUGAUGAUCUUCGGUGCAUAAAAAUGAUACCAGUUUCAAAGAGGCCUAUUGACUUUCCUGCAAAAUUCCCAUGGUACGGAGAUGAUUGUGAUGAUUUCUUAUGCGCAACAGAUCUCUAUCCUUUUACAUAUUCUAAUUUAGUAGGUUUUGUGAAACCCAUCGUUCAUGAACAAGUGUUUCGGUGGUGCAGAAAUGCGGAGAAUGUCAGUCGAGUUUUUAAUCUAUCUAUACAAAUGCGUGCACCAUCAAGUAUUGAAGUCACACAACAACUUAAAAGACUUACUAACAUUUCGAACGAGCAUCUAUUAGCUAAUGAAGCCAUGGUCUUAAAGAUGUGCAAGAACAUUUACUCUGUGCUUGAACGAGAACUUAAUUUUAACAUAAAAUUUAUUGACGAAUUUCUGACAGAUGAUUGGGCAUGGGUGUGGCACGGUGAAGGAUUCGCUUGCACAGGUUCUGUUUGUAUCAAUAAAGGAACUGUCAAUCUCAAACCGUAUUUUUACUCAGUUCACCAAAGUUUACGUUGUUACAAACAAUUAUUCAUGCAUUGCAACGUACCACAGGAACAAAGUGAACGAGUAAGUGAUCUUAUAAGUAUACUCCAUAAGAUUAAAGAGAAGCAUGACAGAAAUAUGCCACCUACUGCUGAAGUCGAACACGAUCGCAAUCUUGUUAUUGAAAUUCUGAAUGUCAUCAAACGUCAUAAGACAAAAUUUGAUGUAGAACAUCGUAAAAACAUUCUUCUUCCAAUCGAAAGUGGAGAAGCACUCCGUCUGGUAACGCCUGAGGAGUGUUGCUUUUGUGAUGAUUGGUUUAAAUGCAGUUUAUCCUCUGAACACCACGAAAACAUAGUACACCAAGAUGUAACAAAUGCAGUGGCGGAAUUCUUUGGAGUAACACCAUUAAGUAUUAAAUUGUCGCACAGCUAUGAGAUUGGAAUAACUCAAUUUGGCCAGGAAGAAACUUUAACACAGAGGUUGCAUAACAUUCUUGAAGACUAUCAAGCUAUAGAUAUUCCAAAAGAAAUGAUUCAGAAUGCAGAUGAUGCAAAAGCCACGGAAGUAAAGUUCCUACUAGAUCUCAGCAGCUCUUCAAACACACAUGGUCUAUUAGAUAAAGAAAUGGCUCUCUGUCACGGCCCAGCGCUCUGUGUUUUUAAUAAUGCAAUGUUCACAGAGAAUGAUUUUGAGAACAUCAUAAAGUUAGGUGGACAAACUAAACUCCAAGAAAAGGAAAAAAUAGGAAAGUUUGGUUUGGGUUUUAAUUCUGUUUAUCACAUAACAGAUGUUCCCAGUUUUAUCAGUAAUGGUCGUCUUACAAUAUUUGAUCCUCACAGGUUCCAUCUUAAAAAUCAUAUCAGAUCCGGAGCACCUGGGAUUCAGAUGAAUUUUAGAGAUAAUCCGUCAGUCCUUGACAGGUUCAGCAAUCAAUUUCUCCCGUACAAAAACGUAUUUGGAUGUGAUCUACGUGGGAAGUCCUUUAACGGAACACUAUUUCGCCUUCCUCUACGCUCGGCCAAUCAAGUGCAGGAAUGCGGAAAGAUAAGUAAAGAUAUUUUCGAUGAACAGAAAAUCACAAACCUUAUAACAAAAUUUCAAAAUCAAGCAGGCGAGAUACUGAUUUUCACUAAGCAUGUAAAGAAAAUGAGCAUAUAUCGUCGAAAUGGUUAUGAUGAUGAACCAACUUUCAUCUGCAGUGUUAUGAGAGAACCGAUCAUAGAAAGAUGUAUUGAAAAUAUCUACAAAAUCAGAAUAAAUGUAGAAUUUCUGAACAAAAAAUCUGAGCAAGCAGACUGGAUUAUUCAAACUGUUCAAGGAAAUAGAGAGGCUUUACAGAUAGCAAGAAGUCCCAAUGGUGUAAAACAUGGUCUAAACCCUUGUGGUGGAUUGGCUUACAAAUGUUGCAGCAAAAAUACUGUUUCUGGCUUAGUGUUUUGUUUUUUGCCAUUGUCUAUUCCACCAAGUGGUCUCCCGAUACAUAUCAAUGCAAAAUUUUCUGUAACACCAGAUCGAAGAAGUCUUCGAAAAAAAGGAUCAGGUGAUGAUACAACACUACACUCGGAAUGGAACGAUGCUCUAAUGAAGGAUGUGACUGCAAGAGGUUAUAUCAUGCUGCUGUCUGAGCCUACGACAAGAACAAUGAUACUUACUGAUGUCUCAACUAUUCACAAGAAAGAUGGCAUAUAUUCUUUGUGGCCUAGAACUGAUUAUGUACACACAGAUAUUCAUCAUGUUGUGCAUUGUUUCUACCAAGCUGUUGUUUAUGGAAUAAAUCAAGACAAUGAGACUGAUCUUCCACAAAUAUUCCACGUUGGACAGCACUGGUAUACGUUUAGUGAGAUUAAUUUUUUGGAUGCAGAUCUAAAAUGUUGCCCUAUCUUACCACAAAUCAAAGAUGUAUUGGUAAAACAAGGAUUUGUAAUUGUUGAUCUACCUGACUACAUUAGAAAAAGUUUUGUAGACUCUGAAUGCUCUGAAGAGAUCAGGAUGAAGACGUUUACGCAUAGGAGGUUUUUUGAAGAACAGUUUUUUCCAAAUAUAAAAGAGUUACCAGUUGAUGUGGUCAAUGUGGUGGUUUUGUAUUUACUUCAACAUAAUGACAGUUUUGAGUGGAUAAAUGAAAAAUUGAAAUCGAUCCCGUGUAUUCCUUCUACGCCUGAUGGCGCUCGAAAAGUACCUUCUGAUCUAAUUGACCACACCUGUUACAAAAUAGCAUUGAUGUAUCUUCCAGAAGACGGGAAAUUUCCACUAGGAAAAGAAUUUAGAGCUCCGGAAAUCAUUGGAAAGCUUCGUUCAUUGGGAAUGGCAUACUCAAGCAUUCCAUUUGAACAUGUUAUCGAAAGAUGCCAAUCUAUUGAGUUAUUUCUUCAAUCAUCCAGAUCAAAUGAGAUUAUACAAAUUUGUCAAAAUAGGGCUAAUGCUAUUCUGCUAUACAUUGAAUCAAUAAACAAAGUAAAUGGAAGUUUCAGAGAAAGAAUUCAAGAAUUGCAUGAUAUCAAAUUCAUACCAGUGGAAACUCACCCUCCUAAAGACUACCCUCUGACAUGGGCCAACACAAAAGAUUUAUUUUUGUCGCCAAAAUGUGUUUACAGCUCGAAAGUAAAAGAAUAUGUAGGGGCAGUUGCCCCCGUUGCCAAAGAACUAAAAUGUUCUAUGCUUACAGAUAUGCUACUGAAAAUUAAAGUCAAUCCUGACUUGGCGGAUGUCAUCGAACAACUGAAACUUUUGAUUGCAACUGAAUUCUCCAACGUUGGACGAGUUUUCAAAAUGUAUAUGGCUCUAAUGGAAGAAGUAAAAAAGAACAUGAACACUAAAAGUGUAGUUAUCAAGGAAGCCCUGCAAAAUUUACAAGUUGUCUUGUGCUCUGGAAAGUUUGUAAAAAUUGAGAACGUCACUUUAAGUUGCAAACGAGAAUUUCAGCCCUACCUCUACAGACUUCCAACUGAACUCAGAAUUUUUUGUAAUAUUUUUACAAUUCUAGGCAUAAAAGAAGAUUUCAGCGCUUCGACAUUGUUAGACAUCAUUUAUUUUCUUCAAGAUAAAUACAACAAAAACGCUUUGAAUGAAGAAGAUUUCUCUGUGGCAAUAGACUUGGUUCAUAGUUUUGCUACACACAAAACCUGUGAUGAUGAACGUCAAAUGUUGAUUCCUGAUAGUCAUAGACAUCUGCGACCAGCUAAUGAACUGAGCUUCUGUCUUCAUGACAGUUUAGAUGAUGAUAUAGGAGAUGAGAUAUUGUGCCAUGAGCUCAUUCCCCACUCAGUGGCUGAUAAGCUUGGUGUGAAAGAUAUACGACUAAACAUUUUAUCUAGGAAUGAAAUCAAACUUCAAUUUGGUACAAAGUUUGGCCAAGUACAAAAGCUGACUAGUCGAAUCAGCGAAAUCUUAGAAGGAUAUCCAUGUGAUGAGGCAAUAUUAAAGGAGCUGCUACAAAAUGCUGACGAUGCCGGUGCAGAAGAAAUCAAUUUCAUAUACGAUCCACGUCAACAUCCUGAUAAAAAAGUAUUUUGUGAAUCGUGGAAACAGACACUUGGACCAGCAUUAUGUGUUUUCAACAACAAACCAUUUACUGAAAGUGAUCUGAAGGGCAUACAAGAUCUUGGAAUUGGCAGUAAAUCUACACAUCCUGAUAAGACUGGCCAGUAUGGCAUUGGGUUUAAUUCUGUUUACCAUCUUACUGACUGCCCAACAUUCUUGUCUAAUGAUGACACGCUUUGUGUUUUCGACCCUCACUGCGCAUUUAUCGAAAAUGCCACUGUAGACGCGCCCGGACGUCAAUUUGAUAUUGAUCCGAGGGUUAACAAGUUGUUUAGAGAUGCCCUUUCUUGCUUUCGUCUCGACUCUCUUCCAAAUAAAGGAUGUACAAUGUUUAGAUUUCCUUUGCGCACUACUGAAAUGAGUAGUUACGCUAAGUUGAAUCAAGAUUCGGUCAUGAGUCGAGAGUUGUUUGAUGGAAAGAAACUGCAAGGAUUACUCGACACUUUCAAAUUAAAAGCCUUUGAUAUGCUCCUGUACCUGAAUAAUGUGAAGAAAAUCACCGUUUCACAUAUCAAUGAGAACCAACACAAAAUGAAAACUGAUUACUCUGUUAAAGCAGAACUAUCUGAAGAAGAUGAGCAAAAGCGACAUGAAUUCUACAGCUAUGUAAAAGAAUGUGCAAAGAAAACGACAUUAGAAGAUAUCGAGGUGAAAGACAUUACGUAUGAGAUAAAGAUUUCUGAUAGCAGCAAAAAAACUGAGGUGUGGUUGGUUAACCAACGCAUAGGAUCCGCUGGGGAAAUACCCAUAAAUCUUUCGUCAGCAUACAAAGAAGGAGACCUCAAACUUCUACCUCGUGGAGGCGUAGCAGCACGUUUACGAGGGUCAGAUUAUAGGAAUUCAUUCUGUACGUAUUGUUUUCUGCCCAUUCCAAUUGAUCCAAAACUACCUGUGAGUGUUAAUGGACAUUUCAGUCUUGAUCCGAGUAGACGAAAUUUGUCGAAUACUUCUCAAAAUUCGGAUUGGAAUUUGUUCGUAAUGGGCGAGGUAAUUUCUUAUUCGUACUCUGAACUACUGAGACAUUUGAGGAACAGAAAACUUGGACCAGUAAAUGACAAAAAAUCCCAAAUUACCUGCACUUCCCAAUGUUUACACAAUAUAUUGAAAUCAUAUUGGAGAUACUUUCCAAAUAUAUACUUUGUACAUAGUGACUGGAAGCGAUUGGCUGAGCAUGUGUUUCUUAAUAUUCUUCGCAGUCAGAUGCCGAUGUUUCCUGUGGUCCAACGUAGAGAUGACAUAAUCGCCUACAAACUGGAUGACAAUUGUGUAAUUCAAUACAUGUUAGAAUGGCUUCCUGCUACAGGCGUUACAGGUAGAAAAGCGUAUUUUGAUAAGGAGGAUAACCAGGCGUUAUUUUAUAAAAUGCUUUCUGCAUGGAGUGAAACAGAGAAAAAGAAUAUGCUUUUAAAAGCUAUACUUCAACACAUAGGUUUCAAUAUUACUAUUGUGCCAAAGCAUAUCUACCAAGAUUUAAAUGCGGCAGUCGAUAUACUGAUGAAGAAUGUAGCAACCAAAUCACAAUCACAUGGGAUCGAGUUGGUUUCAGCUGAUACAGUUGUCCAUUUUCUGAAGUCCGACUUUAAUCCAGGACCAAUACCGUGUCACAUCUCUGAGUCACGUCUUCAAAGUAAAUCAAAUUACUUUGUACUCCUUAAUUAUAUUGACAAUAAUGGAAAUUUAAAAGAUGGCUCCAUGUCAUUAGAGGGUUUGCCACUUCUACUCACUCAAGACUCGUGGCUACGAAAAUUCAGUUCAACAAAUACAUACUUUCUUUCAAGAAAGCAUUCAUUAUUGCCUAAUUGUUGGUCUGAGUUUGUUCAUGAAAAUGCACAAGAUCAUUUCUCUGACAAAUCAUCCCAUGUCAAGCAUUUAGGAAUUAGUAACUUGGUAGAAAGAUUGCAUUUUAAUCUAGAUCCACAAUUCAAUGCGUGUGAUAAAGUUUCAUGGAACCCCAAUAAUGAUGUCAUACCAAAUAAAGCAUGGAUUCAAACACUCUGGGAUUUCCUGAAAGAGGAAUUCGAAAAACUUCAAUGUCAUGAUGAUCGAUGUGCUUACGUUAAGAGACUAAUGGGAAACUGGGCUGUGAUUCCAGUAAAGGUAACAUUGCCCUCAUGUAAACUCAAUCAGUACCUGAUGCCAUUUUCUUCUGCUGAUUCAGUGCUCCAUAGCAAUAUAACUGAUGGCCACAUUAGAGAUGCAUUAGCAAAGAUGGAACUACCAGUAGUUGAUUGUACUUUAUUUCAAAAGCCACAGGCUUCAUACUUUUAUGGGCUUAGCUCACAAUCAAAUAUCACUGACUUUAUUAAACGAUUUAUUGCCACUGCCAGCACUCCUGAAAGAGUUCUAACAAGCCUCGUGUCCUUGUUAGACAACAAUGACAGAUCCUUUGAUGUAUUGGAUAAUGGGAACAAGAAGAAUAUCUUGUUGUUUUUUGUACGUUUUAUUGGAUCAUCAAUAAAUAAACAACAUAGUAGUAAAUUGAAGAAGUUACCUUGUUAUCUUUCAAUUCAUGGUGAACAUAUCAUAUUGGAUAGAAACUACCAACAUUUUGUUCUUCAUUCUGGCAUUCCAGAGGUUGAAAGAGAAAAAUGGGUAGCUAGAACAAAUGCUGAAUUUAUUGAAGAAGAUUCUUCAUUGACGAAGCUACAUGAACUUUUGGGUUUGACUACAUCUACAGAAGAAGAUGUUUAUAAAGAGUUUAUCCUACCCGCAUUUAAUGCAUUUACACAUAAAGCAAGAGUGAAACACCUGCAGCGAAUUCAAGCUCUUCUUCCUUUCUCAUUUUCCAAAGCAGAUAGGAAUGCUAUGAUCUCUUACAUGAACCUGAAGACCAUGCCUCUAGUAUCCCAUGAAGGCCAGCCAAUCAAACGCAUCUGUGAUUUUUUUGACAGUUCCAUUCCAUUAUUCAAAUGUAUGCUAGAACCAGAAAUGUUCCUUCCGGAGCCGUUUUGUGACUAUGGUUGGAAUACCUUUAUGAGAGAAUUAGGAUUGAUAACAGAGCCUACUCAGCAACAUGUACUGGAAUUUGCUCGAAAAAUUGAACUUGACAUGAUCUGGUAUGAUCUUAAGAAACAUACAGAAAAAUCAAAAGCGGUCAUCGACCAUAUUGCUCAAAGUGGAGAAUUAAUGAGUGAUAACUACUUCUUACAACAUCUCCGCUGCAUCAAAUUUAUAGCCCCGCACACAGUGGAUACAAACCUGGCGGCACUGCAUAAGCAAUAUAAAGAACAUUCAGAAGGAAGGGUAGGAAUAGCAUAUAAUGGUGCUAUGACUUCCUCCAAUAAGAAUCUUGUGUGGACAAGUGCAAAUCUAUUGCCAUAUUAUGCCGUGCCUAAUGUAUACCUUUCCCCUAAACGUCUAUCCUUUCGUCAACUUUUACCGGCAUUAAAUGCCUCUGAAACACCAUCUGUUGAUAUUGUUAUUAAGCACAUCAAAAACUUAUGCACUAAUCUCAAGGACGAAUAUGGCCAUUCGAAGAAGUCCGCAAGUACAGCAACCUCUGUUAAAUGUCAGGAUCAUUUACGCAGGGUUAUGAAAGACAUCUAUACAUUCUUGUGUGGAAAAUUGUUGGAAUUUGAUGGAAAGAUAGUGACCGCAUUAAAUGACGAGCCUAUUAUGCUUGUCGAUAAUGAUAGACAUUUGAUAAAAGCGAAAUUCACUGUGAAAACAAUAAAAAAAGAACUUGUUCUUGUGCCAUAUAUAUAUGAGAUUCCAGAAUACUUUGUUCCUUAUAUGGGGCUCUUCAGUCGUCUUGGUGCUCAAGAAAAACCUACUAUCUGGCAGUGCAGUCAGCUUCUGGCAAUGAUUCACGAAGAUAUUAAAGAUGAAACUUUUCGAGAUAAUCCGAAUUUGAUGAAGAUGAUCACAUUUGCAGUUCACAAAAUCUUCAAAUCAUACAUCAAAGAAGAGAAUAAUUGGUUAAAAGAUAUAAUGGUUUUGUACCUACCAAAUCGAAGUUGUCAACUUAUUGAGUCUAGUAAGUUGAAGUAUUAUGAUAAGCCAAUGUUUGAAGUCAGAAUGAAAGAGGAGAAUGAUAGGAAUGUUCUAAUUGAUCUUAAAGACGUAGGAUUGGAGAAUGAUGCCACAGAAUAUAUUCAGAAAAUGCCAAUACAUCUUCAACCAUGUAAAUUCAGCAAUCAAGUCCAAGAGAUCAUGACUACAAAACCAGAGGAAAAUAUGUGUCCUUAUGCCAAUGAAAGAAUUUGCGAACAGUUAAACAUCAUUCGACGUCAGCUCCAUUCUAUAGAAUUUCGAAAUGGCAUAUAUCGCCUUAUAAAACACGAAGCAAACAACAAGGGUCUAAAACUUCCCGAACAUCUUCGAUCUGAUGUUCCAGCAUUAUCAAAAGAUUAUUUGUCCAUCCGUUGCCUAAAAAAGCUUGAGACACACCUUGUGAAAUCAGAUGAAGUAAUUGAAGGAAGCACAAUCGAUAAACAGUGUUUCCUUUUAGAUGAAACUACUGCAGAACAUACACAUAAAACAAUUUUUAUCAGACACCACGAUUCAGGAAAAUACGAUCUUCUAAAAUUAUCACUGGCUGACAUAAUCUGUAAACUUACUGGAGAGCUUAUCAGCAACAAUUUCAUGGUGGCGAUGAUUAUUUUCUGUGAUCUAACUGAAAUUCAGACUCAAUUAAGUGACCAUAAUAUCUUGCGAUCCAACGCACAAGCAUCAGAACGUAUGUCUGUGCCAGACUUAGGGUCUCAGUUACCAGAUUAUAUAGUUGAAUCUCUUGAUAACGAUCCGUUUAAUACAUUCACAGAGGGAGAAUAUGUCGUCUAUGAACUCGGAGAAUCAGGUGACGAAGUGUAUGUGUAUGCAAAGAUUUUACGAUGCAUCAUUCGUAAGAAUUCAGAAUUAAACUCAAUCAGUAUGGUGUAUGAAAUAGAUAUUGGACGCGAGUCCACCAUUGAAGUAAGUGCAUUACAUCUUUAUAAGUGGGUGCUUGGGAAUUCUAGAACAGACGUAAACCAUCACAAAGAAAUGGCUUUGCAAGCAAUGGUGAACAUGUCGACAGGUUCUGAGAGUGAACGAGGAGCUCCAACUUAUCGACAAAGAGCACCAACACCUCCGCUAAGUGAAAAUCUUGAAGAAACAAAAAAUCAGGUUUCAGACAAUCUAGAAGAAAUUUGGAAGCUAGAUGAAGACGAAAGAAAAAAAGCAGUCAAGCGACUGUACUUAAAAUGGCAUCCAGAUAAAAAUCCUGGCCGAGAGGAGUUUUGUAGUGAAGUUUUUAAGCAUCUGAAAAAUGAAAUAGAUCGUCUAGAAAGGGGACUUCCCAGGCAGCGAAAAGAUGCAGAAGCCACCAGGACAAAUUAUACUUUUAGAGAAUCAGGACGAUGGAAUGAGUUCUACACAAGAUGGGACCGAAGAGCUGGCAGGGAUAGGAGAUGGCGUGAAUAUUAUGGUUCUAGUUAUAAUAGAGGAGCUAGUUUUAGUAGCGGAUCUAGUUGGACUCAUACUGGAUUUACAAAUGCUUCCUCACCGCCACCUAGGCCUAUGCCAGACCAAGGAAGAAUAUGGCAAAAACAAGCACGAGAGGACCUUAAAGCAGCAAGAAACGACAUUGAUGGGUAUCCAAGCUAUGAAUGGGUUGCCUAUAAAUGUCUACAAUCUGCAGAAAAAUCGAUGAAAGCUGCUAUACUAUCACAUACUGGAAAUAAUUCCCGUACGCAUGACAUUACCUGGUUAGCGAUAACUGUAUCUAGUCUACCAGGGUGUUCGAAUAACCUUCGUCAAUAUGUGAAUGAACUCUGUAUCAAUGCCAAAGAUCACAACAGAGCGCGAUACCCUCGUCUCUUCGAUGAUCAAAUACCACAUGAUCUUUUCAACAGAAAUAAUGCAGAUAAGUGCAUCUCUAAUACAAAAGCAAUUUUAGAUAUGAUGGAUAUCGUAAUUGCUUCUCAAUGAACCGAUUUUAAUUGUCUGCUGACACAAGCAAUAACAAUAACCUUUUAAUAGGCCUAACUAUAAAAUUUCUAUUUAAAUGCCACCAUUACCUGAAUUGAUGUUUCCUAUAAACUAUAUUGAUUGAAUUCAAAUGCAUAAAGAGGGCCUACAUGAAGUUAUUGUUUUUUAUUAUUUUUUAUCAAAUAGGUCCACAUGCUUUAGUGGACUGUGUCACAAGGCAUACACAAGCAGAUAUUCUGUAGAUUUGUACGAAAAACAAAUUAAGUUAAUAUAUUAUUUAAGGUCCAAGAUUCAAGAUUUUGUAUUUUUUAGAAAGCCAUCGAGCGCUAUUAUCCUCUCGUUACAUUUACAGCGCAUUGAGAAUUUGCUUAUGCGUUAUAUCAAAUUUAUAUAC